AAAAUAUGGUUAUAAUGCCUGGAUUUUGUGUUGCAGGUACUGUUGGAGCCAAAGUUUUAAAUGGGGAUAAGGAAAUACAAGUUGAUGCAUAUAAUAAAGUUCAAGUUAACUUGCAAGUCAAAAAUUUGUCAUUUAGCGCACAUGCAGAUGCUAAAGGGAUUAUGCAAUUAAUAAAGCAGUGCGCACCAAAAAAUGUGAUGCUGGUUCACGGAGAAAAAGCAAAAAUGGAAUUUUUACAGGAUAAGAUUCGGCGUGAAUGUCGAGUACCAUGUACUUGUCCAGCGAAUGGAGAGACAGUUACGAUCGAAACUCCCCUUUCUAUACCAGUUGAUAUAUCAGUUGAUUUACUUAAACGACAUUUAAAUGCACAAAAACUUUCAUUACCACUUCCUGGAGAAAGAAUUGAUUUAACAAAGAUUACGCCUGUGGACGAAAUACCUAUUCAAGGAGUAUUAGUAAUGGAAUCUGAUCGAAUUCCACGCUUAAUAGAGGUUGAAGAAGCCAUUCGUGAAGCACGAUUACCUAUUCUUGACAUAGAUUUUAAGACGUUCAAAACAUUUGAUCCGAAACAAUUUCAAGACAAGAAUGUGAUGUCGAAUAUAGAAGAAAAGGAUAUACGAAUCCAGGUAUUAGAAUAUGUAUAUGAAGUUGUGAAUAAGGCAAUCAGUAAGAAUAUACCAGGUAUUGAAUUGCACAAGGGAGCAUUGGAAAUUAAGUUGAGAAGUGUCACAGUGAGUGUACCAGAAAUGAUUAAAGAUGAAUUUAAAAAUGCAUUGCGUAUUACUUGGAAUUCUAAAGACCAGAAUUUAGCAGAUUUUUUAAUCUCUAUUAUGGAUGAUAUUCUUCCUGAUAUGCCAGAUUUAUAA